GCUUGUUUUUGACCCUGUGCGUCAAUCCCGCCUCGUAUCACACCAGUUGCAAACGGAGCAGGAAGAGGAAGAGCACACUGACAACAGGAAUAGUACUUAUUCAAGCUACUGAAGGAAAUCCUCCUGGUCCGCGGCGCACGAAUGGAGGAGACAGGGCGAACGGGCUCCACAAUUAAGAGAUGGGCGUCACGAUCGGCGCAGGGCCUGUUCCUGACGGUGGUGCUUCUUCAGAACUCCUUGGCAAUGCCAGCAGCCCUAGACGAGAAAUCCUCCAUCAUUGAACCAAGCGGCGGAAGAGAGGAUGAAGCAACAGCAGCAACGGCAAGAACAUCAGGGCGAGGUGUGCCUCGCCGACUACGACGCGAAGGAAAUCCAUCUUCGCGAGGAAGCCACCAACGUCGCCAGCAGCGGUGGCGGGCUGAGCAGAAGCGUAUUUCGCCAAUAUCAUCACGGAACCAGCAGGGGUCGGGACAGCAGCAACGAAAACUGGAAGGAACAACCGAGGAGGAUCCAUACUUCUCCUUUGCAACAGAUAUCCUAGAAGAUGAGAACAGUUCAGCGCCACAGGUCUACCACGCUCCCGCCGACGGUUCGUGUCCGGUUGCCGCCCAUUACCCCAACUCUGCGGUACUGAGCGAUGACGGAAACUACGCCGAGCCGCCGACUGUGAUUGUCGGGGCUUUUUCCGUGUGGUCUAGGCUGCAGCAGGCCCUUGACAAAUCGUCGCGACUACGAUGCCCGAGCCCACCGUGCUGUCUUGGGGUCCACACGCACACGUAUCGGGGGGGAGACCUAGGAGAGGAGAUGUCGCACGUCCAGGGAGCCGUGGUGGUCCGCAGGCCCGAUCUGGCGCAGGCCCCCGAAUCGGUGGCGCCUGCCCAGAACGUGGACUUCGUCAAGACGCUCCAGUCCUACUUCCCCAUCUCGCAAAGCUCCCUGCUUAGGUCGCUGCUCGAUUACGCGCGAAUAGUCGAGGCCGACGAAUUCAACUUGACAUCCACGACCCAGCACGUGGAGCCGGCGUUCGCCGAGCUACUUGUCGCCACUGAUUUUUUUGGUGCCGUCCGCGAGGGCAACCCUGCCGCCGCAGAGCUAUUGACCCCGUACUGUUCGGGAGAGGACCCAAGGCAAGACAUCGAGGAGUGCGUGAGGAUCCCUACGUUGGUCAGCAUGGCAGACGUAUUCAUAAGCAGCAAAGGGGCCGCAUGGAACGAGAAUGUGAGAAAGAGCACCUUGGUGCCAUUGUCCUAG